AGGCUGCUUCUUCCUUCCAAAAUCUUUCAUAUCCUCGCCUGUGCUCCGAUCUGCUCAUGUGGACUUGCCUCUCGUCCAUUGAACGAUUUUUCUGAGGAUGUGGGCAUUGACAGUUGGACCCUCCCAGCCUUCCACUCGGCUUAACACUAAAGGGGAUUGGAUUGGAUUGAAGCGGACCUCCCCUUUAAUACUCUUGUCUAAAUCUCCUUUAUAUGGCUUACCAAAACGGAUGGUUCUAAAUCUGUCUGGGGUUCAUACCGCACUACAGUGCCACUGCCACUGUGCUCUCCCUAUUGACCCUACCCUUCUCUGAGGAUUCGCCACGAGGAAUCAGCCAACCGACGCUACAAGUUCAUGAUUCCCAGUUAGCAUUUUUUCCAAGAAACCCGACCCAAGCAAGUCCUCUUAAAAUGCUCCACAAACCCAUCUUCCCAAACCUCCCUCCCCCUUACUGCAGAUGAAAGGAAAGCCAACUAGAAUGCCAUCUCCAUUUUCCUUCCUCUUCCUGCUCUUUCUCUUUCUCUCCCAUGUCUCCUCAGCCCCUCAGCAGCAGCAACCCAUCAAGACCAUUGUGGUUUUGGUGCUGGAGAACCGGUCUUUCGACCACAUGCUCGGAUGGAUGAAGAAAACCAUCGACCCCAUGAUAAAUGGGGUCACGGGGGAUGAGUGCAAUGCCGUCUCCACCAACAACUCAAAGCCCGAGACAAUUUGCUUCACUGAUGAUGCUGAAUUCGUGGAUCUUGAUCCGGGGCAUUCCUUUGAGGAUGUGGCUCAACAAGUGUUCGGCUCUGACGACAUUCCUUCCAUGUCUGGUUUCGUGCAGCAGGCGUUGUCCAUGUCAGAAAACCUCUCUGAGAUUGUCAUGAGAGGAUUCAGCCCGGAAUCAAUCCCAAUAUAUGCCGCUCUCGUCAAGGAAUUUGCAGUCUUCGAUAGGUGGUUCUCUUCGAUUCCAGGACCAACGCAACCCAAUAGGCUCUUUGUGUACUCUGCCACUUCUCAUGGAUCGACCAGUCAUAUUGUGAGGCAAUUAACUGUUGGGUACCCGCAAAAGACCAUCUUUGAUUCUCUUUACGAGAAUGGUCUGGACUUUGGCAUCUACUUCCAGAACAUACCCAGCACUCUGUUCUACAGGAAUUUGCGGAAAUUGAAGUACAUCUCCAAGUUUCACCUGUAUGAUUUUAAGUUCAAGAGAGACGCCAGAAAUGGGAAACUGCCCAGGUUGACAGUGAUUGAGCCGAGAUACUUUGAUCUCAUGGGUCUGCCGGCUAACGAUGAUCAUCCAUCACAUGAUGUUGCUAAUGGCCAGAAGCUCGUGAAGGAGGUUUAUGAAACAUUGAGGGCAAGUCCUCAAUGGAAUGAGACCCUUUUGAUCAUCACAUAUGACGAGCAUGGUGGGUUCUAUGACCAUGUCAGAACUCCAUAUAUUGAUGUUCCUAACCCGGAUGGUAAUACUGGCCCUGCCCCCUUUUUCUUCAAGUUUGAUCGACUUGGGGUUCGUGUGCCGACAAUUAUGGUCUCUCCUUGGAUUAAGAAAGGAACACUGAUAAGUUCCCCGACAGGACCAGCUCCGAGUUCAGAGUAUGAGCACUCGUCCAUUCCUGCAACCAUAAGGAAAAUGUUCAACCUCAACUCCAACUUCUUGACUCACCGAGAUGCAUGGGCCGGGACAUUCGAGCAUAUCGUCGGGGAGUUACAAUCUCCCAGAGCCGAUUGCCCAGAGACAUUACCCGGUGUUACGCCACUGAGGAGCUCAGAAGCCAACGAAAAUGGUAAAUUAUCCGAGUUCCAGAGCGAGAUUGUCCAGUUAGCUGCUGUUCUCAAUGGGGACCAUUUCCUAACCAGUUUCCGCGAUGAGACGAGCAAGAACAUGAGUGUGAAGGAAGCUCAUGAUUAUGUGAAAGGUGCUGUUUCCAGGUUCAUUAGGGCAAGCAAAGAGGCUAUCAGAAUGGGUGCCGAUGGAUCUGCUAUUGUCGACAUGCGCUCGUCACUCACUACGAGAUCUUCAACUCGAGAUUGACUAAUUUGUUACGUUCUCUCUGUUGGUUGCGGUCAAUAUCCAUGUGUAGAACUGUGAAUUCCGACAAAACUAAAAAGAAAUGUGGAACAAAGUAUCAGAUGAGCAGGGCAACUGCUUUGCCA